CCCUACCUGUCCUUCCCCGUGGCCGUGCUCUGCCUCUUCCUCAACACCUUCGUGCCAGGGCUGGGAACAUUUGUGUCUGCCUUCACAGUGCUGUGCGGAGCCCGGACUGACCUCCCUGACAGACACAUGUGCUGUGUCUUCUGGUUGAACAUUGCUGCAGCUCUCAUUCAGAUCCUGACGGCUAUCGUGAUGGUUGGCUGGAUCAUGAGUAUAUUUUGGGGGAUGGACAUGGUCAUUCUUGCUACGGAGCGGCGGUGCAGAGCAACAGAUGGGGACCUGCACUGAUCCCUUUUAGAACCGGAGGUGAAGCAAAACGCGGCGCAGGUUAGGACUGGCACAGUCAACAUGUCAUGAUGGGCAACCAGUCCGGAGGAGGGAGGAGAGCAUUGCUAGAGUGAGACAUCGCUGAGGAAGAGGGCACUUGGGAAGGCUGCCGGGACAAGAGAUCUGGUAGCUGGGGUCUCUGCUUUCUUCAUCUGCAGGUUGGGAAGCAGCUGGAGACAUUUUGCCUCCUUUAUAAUUCACCAUUGAAGGAUCCCAGCUGUGAAUAUCAAUGCCAAGGAGCUAUUUAUAGAUCUCUGUACAGUAUGUAAAAGCAAAAGCUGAAUGGUACCUUGUUUCCUGAGAGCUCUUUCUUGACUGCUUUGUGGUAGCAAAGGGGUGCAACUCAGCCUUUUUCCUGCUCUGUGUGUGUGCGUGUGUUUAUGAUGCUCACUGAAGCUCUGUCAUUGCAGAUGUCCUGAGAUUUUGCUUGCUGUAAAUCAUACUUAACUGCUAAGGGGACUCAGGCUGGGAAUACGUCCUGCCCUCCUACCCGCUGAAAGCCGAGAAGAGGCAGAAUCUACUGCCAGCCAGUGCCAGACUAAUACUUGCAAAGGACUGGUACUCAAUUGUGUGAUCCGUGCUUUGUGCUCGGGGUGGGCUGGGGGAGGUUAUGUGCUGUCUAUAGCUUCUGGCUGAACCUGGAAUUUACAGGGAAUAAAAUGGCCCUCCUGCACCUGCCCCAGCCCCUGCCGCUGAAAGAGACUUGCUGAUAAAUAUCAUUGUAUUUUAGAAAUUAUUAUACUGUGUGUCUUGUGGCCUGUGCUGAAAGAGGGGGCAGUCUUGGUCCACUCCCCCAUGGGCAAGUGCCUGGAUUUCAAAGACAACUACAACAGAUGGCAUUCAUUGGGCAUCUUGUUAGCAGUCCCAGUCAAGAGACCAGUAGUACAGUGAAGCUUGCACUACUGCCUAUGCUGUGUCUGUGUGUUGGCUAAAGAAAAGAACUUCUUUCCCCAGGCCCUUUAGUUAAGCACACCAGGAUGGAAUUUGCAAGAGGCUACAUGGCCUGAUUUUCAGAGGUGCUGUGAGGAUUCAGCACUUCUGCGUACCACGCUCAUGGUGAGUGCAUUGUAAGAAAUGCAUGGAACUGUGUUGGCCAGGUUACUUUCCAGUCUGGAGAGACAAGACAGGCCGUUCAAGGGCAUGGUGCACAAUGAUGCUGCCAUUCUCACCCAGGGAGAAUUAGUCUUUUUAGCAAAUUAAUUAAAAUAACCCCGUAGCCUUAAUGGAGGUGCACCAAAAUAUGGUGGACAUGCAUCAAUCUGUAAGACUCUGUCACUGACUCUCUCUCUUCCUGUCUCUCUCUCUCUUUCACACACACAUGCAUGCACUCACCUUCAUGUCUUCAGUGGAAAGCUAGUGGGGAAGGGGCUAGAGAAAAGCAUCCCAUCUCCCAAGAGCUUUCAGUCUAGCUGCCCCUUCCUGAUAAUUGCUUGCAUUCAAAUUGUAUGACAUCUUUUCAGACAUUGAAAGCAAACCCAUACUUUUAGUUAGAACAGACUUUGCUGUAAAGAGAACAGAUAUCGGUGAGGGAGCACACCACGGACGUGCCUCUUGUCUAUGAUAGCCUGUAGUGGAUUGAAUACAAAAUGGCAGCCUGGCCGUGUAGAUAGCAGGCUUCUUCGAGGUUUAAAAAGGCAGUGCACAGCAAACACAAAGACAUAGCUAGAUAGACUGCAGUUUAGACUUGCUCUGAACAGUCAUGGGUCCCCUGCAUUUUGUAGUGUAGUGCAGGGGGCUGGCAACCUUUCAGUAAGAGCAGGCUGAAUUAACACAACUUGGUCCUCCUUGGGCUGGAGGUGGCAGGUAAGGGAGGUGGCCACUAGAUGGCGGGUCCUUGCACCAACAUGUUUGGAGAGUGGGAUAAAAUCACUUUGCAGAUCUUAGGUGGCCAACCCCUGAUGCAGAGUCUAAAAAUCACUCCAGGAAGCAUGGGCAGGAGCGUGAGCUCCCUUUAGCAGUGGCAUACUAAGCAGGUAUCUUAAUCCAAGCGCUCUCUUCCCUGCUAUAAUUUGUGCAACUGGCCUUCAGCCAAAUGCCCUCUUCCUUGGAUCUCUCUACUGUAUUUUAACAACUUUUGCAGCACCAAGACAUUGGCCACUGUGGUCCCCCUGCCUUACCUGUGGCUGAUUAGGGUAGGGUGUUAUGUCUUUUGGUUGUGUCAGGGUUGACUCUGUAGUUUUGUUAAUAAGUUACAUAAAGGAUUUGUUUAGGAUGGUGUGGAUAGGGAUGAUCCAACCUUAUGUAGGAGUCUGGACUAGAAAACCUCUGGAGGUCCCUUCCAGCUCUGCUUCCCUAUGAUUCUGAGAUUCAAUUUGGACCUUUUUAAUGUUUCUUUAGUCUUCUGGGGAGCCAGGGUUUCCUCUUCCCCCUCUACUCACAUCACCCAUAUAGUCUCCUCCUCAAAAGUGUGUUUCAGUAGUUCACUUUGUUCCUGUUUAUUUGGAUUUAAAGCGUAAACUCUGCAAUACAUCCAUUAGCACUCAGCCAGGGGAGAUAACAGUCCAUUUUGCUUAUAAAAAAAGUGUUUCCCCAAAGCUCAGGUCACCAUUUACAGUCCCAUCUCUGUUCGUAAGGACUAAAGUGGCAGCAAGAGCAGUUGGCUUUAAAAAAAUACCAACCAAAAUUAUGUGGGUUUGCCAGCAUAAAUGUAAAACCCUUUCCAUCCCACCUCAGUUGGUCUAAGCCCUCCAGAUAAUACACCAGGUAAAAUAGAUUAGCUUUGCAAUCAGCAAAUUGCCCACAUGGUUAAUAGAUUCAGGCUCUGUCUGACAAGGGAAGUAGGGGGGGGAGAGUGGGAGCCCAGAGAUUUUCAGUUAAAUAUUAUAGGCAUUUUGCAGUUAAACCCAGGGAAUUUUAGCUUGAGCUCAAAGGCCUUACUAUCACACAUAGUGGGAGCAUCUACAUGCAGUGCUAACUGUGCAGUAGGUUAAUUCAAUUGCAUAUUAGCACGUCAUGGCAAAAACUGUGCUAUUGUGCUAAUGCACAGUAGAAUUAGUUUACUGUACAUUAGCGUCAUUUAAAAGGUGUGUACCGGUGCUACUGUGCAGUAGUGCUAAUGCCAGUGUUAUUACAGGUACUAAACUUAAUACGCAGUAACUACAGCAUAUUAAUGAAUAUGUAGACAUGCCCAGUGAGGGCAAUAGAGACUUUCUCCCAGGACUCAUGCGCAUAAUGCCAACAACGUAUUUAUACAAUCAUUAUGCCCAACUUUCAGCUGGCCUGUUAUGUUUCAUGCAUAUGCUUAUUGGUACAUGUAAAGACCACAUGAUGUCUGAGAACUGAGCUGGAGAUAUCUCUAACCAGCCUACAUGCACGUGCCAAUGCAGCAUUUCCUUGGGAAAAUGAAGCAGACCCACUGAAAAUGUCCCAUUAUGUCUGUAUGGCACCUGGGAGGGCAGACAAACAUGUUUAGCUUGGCUCUGUCCUCCCGAGAGGACCAAGUGCAGAAAGAGAAGUGACAAUAGGGACUGCUCACACAGGAAUAAAUGAAACAACACUACAUUUGCAAAAGAUCAAUCCAGUUGGCUCUGAGCUAGCUCUUCCUGUGUCCUGACACAUACUGUUCAUGUUAGAGCACUGGUUCUCAACCUUUUUUGUACCAGGACCUAUCUGUAAACAUAGAUGGCCAGUCCCAACUCAGUGCCCCUCACUCCUGACCCACUGCCCUCAGGCCUCAGCCCCUCAGUGUGUAGGGCAGGGGGUGGGUGUGCAGGUAUCUUAACACAUGCAAUCCAUGUACCAACAUGCCUGUACACAAUUUGCCUCACUAAGUCCUCCUGGGAAAGGGCAGACACAGAGAUCUGGUUCCUGAGCUGGAACUCUUGAUAGCCUGCAAAGAAAAGCCUACAGUUUCCCAUGUUUUUCUCUUCAAGGAGUAUCCCUUUUUAAAGUUUGUUCACAACCCUUUCAUAUAUUCUUGUGACCCACUUUUGAGUCACGACCGACAGGUUGAGAAAUGCUGUGCUAGAGUACUUCACAGACAUGAGGACCCAUUUUACGGAUGUGACCCUGAGGCACAACGAGAUGAAAUUAUUUAACUAAAGUUGUAAAGCAGAGCUAGGAACAGAAACUAGGUCUUCUUUGUUCUUAGGCUGAUGCCUUAAACAUUGAACCACACUGCUAGGCUGAACAUGCAGCAAAGAUAAAUCUCCUUUAUUGAAAUGUAGCUUUGUUGAAAUACACGGCACCAUUUCCUGCAGUGUGGAGCAAACAGGAUAAUGUUACCUUCAAAUUUUUGGAGGAAGAAAGAUUAUAAAAAACCCUCACCGACUCUCGAGAGUUAAAACCCACCUGGUGCAGUUAGCAGUAAAGCAGGUUUCUUCCAUGAGAGGCAUCAGUCACUGCUGUUCCUUAACUGCGCUGUGAACAGUUAGCAAAGAAAACCAGCUGUUGUUAUCAUUACACAACAGUCUGAGCUGGAGAGAUGGGUAACUCACUCUGCCAAAUAGAAGGUUCCUCAACAGCAGCACUUUCAAAUGACAUACCAGUUCAUCAGUGCUGAAUCACACCAGAAAUGAUGCCACACACCAUCUGACACCAGCAUGAAUGUAAUUGCCAGGAUUACUGUUACUCCAGUUAAUUACCCAAAGGGCUGUUGAUUGGGACAGGGACAUUACUUAACUAUUCCCAGUAAUUUAUAACAAAUAGACAAGAUAACCAAAUGGCUACUCAUUGUGCACAGCUCAGCGCUUUACUACAGUACUACUUGGCACUUCUGCAGCUCCUUCAGGGCAAAGAACUUCACAAAUCUGAUGCUGCACAGUAACCCACGAGCUCCAGGAGGACAAUUAUCCUUGUUCUAUGGAUGAGAUACCUGAGGUGCAGACCAGAGCAGUGGCCUACUCAAAGUCAGACUGUGAGUUAGCUGCUCAGGCAGGAACAUAGCUCCCCAGGCUUGUGUUACAGUCACAUGGAGUGGCAUCUCAUCCAGGUUCCUACCUAGGGAUGAGCCUCAUUCAAAAAAAUCCUCAAGAAUUUGUCUGGGGUACAUGGGUGUAAUUUAGGAUGGAGUCUAGCCCUUUGGUUUUCAGUACUAUAACCAGGUCAGGAAUGAGGAGGAAGUCAAGACUGCAGUCCACUGUACAAUGCAUCCGUAAGAACUACUUCACAGUCAGGGCAGCUAGGAUCUGGAACCAACUUCCAAGAGAAGUGGUGCUGGCUCCUACCCUGGGGCUCUUUAAGAAGCGGCUUGAUGCCUA